AUGGGACCGCAGGGCCCUGAACACGGCCUUGGAGGCUCGCCUUCUGGGAGAAGAAAUCCUGGCUAUAUGUGGAUGAGCAAAGGAGCAGACCUCGACGACAUGUCGCAACUAGUUCCUGAGCCAAGUCUCCCCAAGGCAACCAAAGAUUAUCGUACCAAAGACUGGCCUCAGAGUAGCUUUGAUCAUAGAGAGGAGAUUUCCGAGGCCUCGCUCGCAGAGGGUUUCACGUUUCAACGGCGAGAGCCACCUCGUCCUGGCCAAUUUAGCAAUAUUCCUCGGCAUGCUUCACUUGUAAUGCCCGCUGCUACACAGCUUUGUGAAUCGUUCGAGCAUAAGGUUGCCUCACCACCAAAGAACAAAAUCACAGUUCCCUUACCCAGAGCUUCGCCUUUGGACUUGCCAGAGAUUUGUCUUCCGAACAAACCGGCUGAGAUAAGGUCCGGUAUACCAGAAGUAUCUGAGGAGUCUAAACCUGUAUGUUACAAUCUAAAGAAUGUUAAAAAUUCGUCACAUCCUCGAGGUGGCUCGCCAAAGAGUGCCGACGAAGCAAACAAGAGUAUUAGGCUGUUAUCGCCUCCUAAACUUACGUCUUCGCCAACAAAGAGUCGAUAUCAAGAGAGUCCGCCUGCCGCUGACCUCAAAAUGGCUCCUCCUACGCAUAAUAGCACAUAUCGCUUAGCACAACAGCCUCCUCACACAAAGCCAAUGACUCGAAAUGAACAUCAUAAGUCACCACCCAGCACCUGUGGUGAUCUGGAGCUUCCCACAUAUCGUGCCCACCCCAAAUCUCGGCAUCACCGCCACAAGGACUCUUUGGUCAGGCCAAUACACUGUAACUCAACCAAAGAUCCUAAGCAGCUGCCUCGCCACCGAUCAAGCUCAGUGGCGAGCAGCAAUAUAUCCAAAAAGAGAUCGCGAGUCCAUAAAAGGUUCGCUAAACAGUUUCAAGCCAUGACCCAUUUUACUGAAUGCCUGAAUGAAUGUCUCGAUAUUACCGACGACGAAGUCGUGGAAGCCCGCUUAGAGAUUCAAAGGCUCCGUGGCGAUAUGCAGCAUCAAGAAACAGAGCUUGAAAAGUCGCGCUCGUUGUUGGAUCAGAAAGGUGCCAAGCUCUGCGAAACUGAGAAGCUUUACAAGGCAUUGCUUGAAGAAGACACCCGUGUCCUCGAAGAUAACAAAAGUUUGAACUCUGAGCUUGAAUUGUUACGCCAGCAGCUCUCUGAAGAGAAGAAGCGAUCAGAACUUUUGAAAGAAAAACACCAAGAAAGUCGAUCGCGGCUUAAUGACGCAAUCAGAGAACAACAAGAUCUCUUUUCGCGUUCUCGCGAUCUUUGUCAGGAGACAAUGGAUCAAUUACGGAAAGACAAGGCGGUUAAAACUUCAGCUUCGGAUGCUGUUGAUAAAGCUCUAGAAACCAGCCAGAAGAAACGCGCAGAGAUGAAAAGAUGUCUCGACGAGUAUCGCUUACAAACAGAGAAAGACAUCCACCAAAAGGAUCAGGUCAUAACUGUGUUAAAGGAGAGGUUGAGCCAUCAAGAAAGUUUAUUGGCUCAGGAGAAGCUAUUCGCUGAUAGUCUGCGCGCUCAGGGAGAAGAAAUGGGUGUAGCACGAGAAUGUGUUCAAACGCUAGAUACUUUGAUUAAUGGCGGGACAUUCGUCGCGAGUAAUAUGCUUUCGCGAGAGGAUCUCACCGUCGAGCUAGGUGCCGUCGAAAAAAGCAUCAAGGAGAGUCUUUCGCCAGUAAUUUUCUCGCUAGAGAGUGCGCAAAAAGAUUCUUCCAGUGCACUCACACAGUUAGAGUCAUCCAUUCGGCAGAAUCUUGAUCAAUUCAAAGACAAGGCGCUUGAGCUGGUAAAUAGAUGGGGAAAAGACAAGGAAGAAAAUGGCGUGCAGAUCCAGGAUCUCUUCAAACAAAUUAGAGAACUUGGCGGCGGUCUAAAGAAGGCAGAAACUGUCUGUGAACACAUCGGGCAGAAAUUCGACUCGUUGGUCGAGAGCGAGCAAAGUCACCAGCGCAUCGCCGACGUUCUCGCACAAGACUUGACACAGCGAUUCUUAGACCGUGAGGUGAGGCUCGACGAUAUGGAAUGUCGGCUUCAGCAGAUGCAUCAAGGCUUCGCAACAAAGAUUGAUACAAUGAUCUCCGGGGUUCAAAAUAGUGAAAAAGAAGCCACCAAAUUAGUUCGCAGCGCUGCUACCGAGCUUCAGGGCGUUUUAGAACAGGGUUUUGGGCAGGAGAAUGACAGAAUAUCACGGUUACUCGUUGAAACCGGAAAUAUUGCAAAAACUUUGGCAGCUCAUGUCGACGAGCAUAAGCAGCCUGUCCCACAAAAAAAUCACAAAGUCUAUGAGUUGCAGACGACUUUAGAACUUGAACGUGAAUCUGCUACACAGCUAACUCGCAAACUCCAUGAACUUGAGCAAAAAGCUCAAGAAAACGAAGUGCUUCGUGAUAGAUGGCUGAAAGAGAUUCAAAGUAUCGAAGCAGUACGAGCGCAGUUAAAGACAGUACAAGAACAAACUUCACCUGUCAAAGUUUGCGAGAAGAAGAUCGAUAGACUUGUGGAAAUCAGUAGAUUUAUUCAGUCUUCAACCAGCUAUCUCGCAACAGAGAGCGAAUGGGUUCAACAAGAACUAGUAUCUAGAGCUCCAGAGCCAACUAUCGAAGCAGACAAUAACCCGUCGGCACCUUCCACUAGAUCCAACGGAGAGGCAGAAAACCAACAACCGGCUAAAGAAGAUGGUGCAUUCCGCAAAGUCACCGUCCAUAGUCCGGAUCCGGGUGAGGGUUCGCCAUCACCGCCACCAACGGUGAUCCAAGAGCAGAAGCGGCGCCGUGAAAUUACACAGCUCAGGUCAAUCCUCAAGGGGCAGGUCCAGUCUGGCAUAAUCGAAUCAGGCAGUAUAGAAAGCCACUCCAACACGAACCAGGCUAACCAGAGCAAGCCCCCAGGCCUUUCGAAUAGCUCUCUUAACAAAACAGGUUCUUCAUCAAAGCAAAUGGUUGCUGAAAUUUGUUCUAGAAUGGUUCGACAUGACUGGAGUUUUCCUACUGUAGCCGAUUUUGAGAGGGAUAUUCAACUAGCCAGCAAGAAGCGAGAGAGACCCCAGGACACUCUAAUGUCUUCGCAACUGGAUAACCCCCGCUACCGAGACCCGAAGAAGCUCAGAACCUCGAGUUACAUUGACGAGUAGCCCAAUGGAGAAGUCCAAUACGUGAUGGGCUAGAUCCAUGUUGCUAGUUUCUUGAUGAUUGCGUUUUGGACUGGGAAUAGCUUCCCAUCAGGUAGCUUAAGUUUGCAAUCGUACAUGAAUUGACAAUCUUUAUUUUUGGUAAUAGUCUUGUGCAUAAAUGAUUUGAGAGUGACUUUCUUUUCUUCCUUUUAUUUCCAAACAGAU